AUGUUCGGGAUCAAUACAGGCCUUUUCAAUUCUAAAAUCUCCAUCCUACAAAUUACAAGAUCAUUAAUGAAGACUCAUAAAGGUACUGCUAAAAGAUGGAAAUUCAUUAAAAGUUUAGAUACAUUUAAGAGAGGUAAAUCAGGUAGACAACAUGGUAAUGUAGGCUGGUCUCAGCGUUCAUUGAAACAUUUAUCAGGAAGAACUUACGCUCACACUACUCAUGUUUCUCGUUUAAGAAAAUUAUUACCAUACAACUAG